AGUGAAUUGAAAUUACUGGCGUAGUUCAAAUGGUCUGCGCGCCAACACCCGCACCUCCAUCUUCUCUUUUUCUCCACUUCUACAAAGCAAGAGAGAUACGAUGGUCUAUCAGCUCUGAUUCCUCGCAAUAUCUACCAUUGUCAAUGAUUGUGGUGACGGAUUCAACAGGGAUAUUAUUGACUGGGUUUCUUCUCUUCUCUUCUUUCAUUCUUUUUUUCACACCUUUAAACUAUGGAAACACGAUAGAUAACAAUAAAUUGGGACAAAGGAUUUCCCGUUUAUUUUAGCGAAGGAAGCUAAGAGAUUCCAGAAUUAAUUGGUCAUAACUUACCUAUAUUAGUUAUGUCAAGUAUCAAAUUGAAUUGAAUUGAAUCACCAGGGGCAAAUUACUUUUUGCGCGGGGGAAGAUCUUCGGCCAAUCCCCAUCCAGCCCCUGUCG